UUCCGCGCACCCACACCUCGCCUAACAGACUUCCCCCGGGCUCGACUUCUUUCUCCGGGCCUGGCCAAGAGCCUGGGCCUCUUCUCCCUUCUCCUCCUCCUUGUCAUCCUUCUCUUCCUUCUCCUCCGCUUCUGCCUUCUCGUGCGCGUGUUCCCGUUUCCAGUGAGCCGCUGAUGCUGGCCAGUCCUCAGCAGCCUCCCAAUCAUAACAACAACAAUAAACAGCUUAGCUUAGCUCAAGGCGCUGACCCUCCUUCUCCGCCCACCGCACCACAACAUCCCUACCAACAAGGCCCAGGAGCACAACCACGAGAAGGCCCGCCUUUGUCCCACCUGCCCCAGGGUCUCGAGGGCCCUAAAACCGAUCCACAAACCACUCAAAGGGCGGCCAGUCGCCCACCUGACCCCAUACCCGCCCUCACGCCCACGUCAACCCAUCAAGUCGGUGGCCCCCGGAUCCCCCCGCAGCAGGGGCAGCCCCGGCUGGGCCGCCAGUCUCGAACAGGUCCACCUUCGGUCUGGCGUCCGACAGUCACCCGCCCCAUAUCAUUGGAAGCGUCGGACUUGUUGGCUCACUCUCGGGCCUCCAUUCUAGGCCUACCCGGCGGUACGCCUAGUCCACAUGAGCAUGUUGUCCCAUAUCCCGCCUCUGACGCUCAGUUUCCAAGCGACCAUGACCGGGAACGCCGUCAAAGGAGUCGGAGUCUUCGUCGAGAAACCAGGCGAAGACGUGAACUAAGUGCUGGAGCUCCGUCCUCGGCCAAUUUGAUCCAAAGCAACCCUGAGUUGAGACGGAGGACAAUGGCCCCGCCCAAGAUGGACUCCGGGACCGAUGGAGGCGGCUCCAAAAGUGAGCGAAUGGCCAAGUACAAGGAGGAGAGGAGGAAGCAAUUAGCCUCCCAAAUCGCGAGUCGACUCAGUCAAUCUGCUGCCAGUUCAUCCAGUGAAGAGGAAAAUGAUUCCGCCAGGAACUAUCAAUCCUAUUCGAGAUUUCGCCGAAGGAGGAAGCGCGACGGCGCCACUCCUCCUUCCUCGUCCAACAAUUCCACGUCCCAAUUGGCAAUAGGCGAACCAGCCGUGGUUCGCCGGUCCAGUUCACUUCGCCAGACCCGCACUGCCCAUGAGAGCCAGACUUUGGCCUCAAGAGAUGUGUCCUCACCCGAACACAUCUAUCAAGAGAUUGGGGAGCUGGGCUCCGGCGGCCUUGGCCACAACAAUGGCCGAGGAGCCCCAGCUCCCGCAGCUCCCUUUUCGGCCUCCGCCAAGCUUCAGCCUCGUUAUGUUUCCCGCGAGCAUAUUGUCAUAAAGUCCGAGGAAGUCCGCCAAACUAGUCCAGACGACUCUAAACUCCGGGCCACCCCUCCAGUGCCUGCCCCCAGAAGAAGAGACGUGAAUAAGGGUCGGAAAGAUCCCACCAAAGAGCGAGAUGCCUUGUCCAUGGUAGAGCCCGCCAAAGUAUCCCUGUUUGGUCUUGAGGAACGGCAAUUCCAACCGAUCAAAGCCAGCUCUUUGCAAGGCCUUAGUGGGUCUUCGAGGAAUUCGUUCCGGGACUCUUCCUCACCUGGCGGGGGUGGAUCCGAAUCGUUACUGUCUCAUCAUCGGAGUUCCCCCUCAUAUCUGCGUAAAGCAUUGGAAGGCAAUUCGUCCAAGGUCCCCGUAGCUCCGACUUCUUACUCAAGUGAGGAGAUUCUCUUUCAAGCGGCUAGUGACCUUCAAGGCCUUAAUGGUCAAGUCAGAACGAGGAAACGAUCGGAGAUGCCCUCCCAAGUUGGAGAUGAGUCCAUUAGGGCAUCCACUGCCUCUGAAGACUGCGAAACCCAUCCCAAUUCGAAGACAAAAACAAGAGAAAGCCCCCUGAUGAUGAAGAAGCCACCCGCCCCCAAACGGAAUUCUCCGAAGAGUGUCACAUCCGAUGAAGAGAUCUUGUCCUUGGCUCGCAACAAAGGAGCCCCUAACACCACCAAUGCUGCCGCCGCCGAUUUGAAAUUGACCAUGAUUUCUGGAUCUCAGAGUCCCGGGAGCUGCAUUACGAGCCCUGGAUCGGCCGGAUCGGCCACCAAACCGCCCAUGUUUCCUACCGAAUCCGAAAAGAGCUCCCCGAUCUUGGGCGUUCAACCGGGAUGUGCUACUAGUCCAGUGAAGCCUCAGCUCAGAAAAACGGGCACCGAUGGCUCGGCCGCCAAUUUCUUGCGUCGAAAAGAUACUUCCUUGAAUGAGACCACGCCCGCAUUUGUGAAGGAAUUUGCCGGUGUGCUCAAGCGGCGAAGUUCCACCGGAGUCAUUAGCCACUUCAAUCCCAAUGAGCAUGCUCCACCUCGUCCGGAUCAAGCUGAGGGUGCCCACGAGUCUGCCAGACGACCCCACAGCGCUCAUUUGUCGUCACCAUCAUCGUCGGCGUCGUCAUCAUCAUCAUCAUCAACAUCGUCGUCGUCGUCGUCGUCGUCGUCUUCUUCCUCUUCUUCUUUAUUGGUGAGGAAAUUGUCAUUGGUUCAGGAUGGCAAUGGAACGUCGAAGGGAGCUGACAACGAAUUCAUGUCCAAGUUUGAAGCCUUAUCGUCACGAGCAGAGGCCGCCUUGAGAAUGGUUGACGGCCUCGAUGUUGUGAAUGAUCCUUCGGAUGAUGAGGUGGCUUUCAAUGAAGAUGAAGUGCUUAAAACGUGCCAGGAUUUCAUCAAUGACUACAAUCACAAGUCCCAACAUCGAAGCUAUAGGGAGGCAAGGUCCCGACCCGUGGCACACCCUCGCGAAUCUCUUAAAUUGAAGUCUGUGGACAUUGUCAGUAGUAGUAACAUUAGUAGUAGUAGUAAUGGCGCCGGUCAAAACGGUGCUCAGAGUAGCCAUAACUACAGCGACACUAGUAGCGCAGAGAUGUCCGCGAAUGGAUCCAAGAAGCAGAGACACAGGUCGUCGUCUUUGACUCUAUUCGAUCACCGGAGUCCUUCAGGCGAGGCUGCCUUUCCCAUGACCAUGACCUAUGGCGGCGAAAGUGGCUCCCCGGUCAAACCGAUUCUCAAAAAAAGCACCGAGGACCUGCUCGAAUCGGCUGUGAAACCUAUUUUGAAGAUGACCGAGUUCACCGGCAGUGGAAUCCUGAAGAAGCGCUCGAGCCACACAGAUGAUCCAGGGACCAACCCGAGCAAAGGAGAACACGUGCGAAUCCAAGCUCCGAGUCCGGUGUGUUCCGAGGUGCCCAACUCGAUUCUGCGGAGUCGAAACAACUCGAUCUGCGAGUCCAGUCGUGCCUCCUCCCCGGACAACUUGCCCCCGUCCAUUUUGAAGAAACGCUCGAGUAUUGAAGAGCUGGACGAUCUCUCCAGUCAUUGGAUGUCGUCAGAGCCAGCUCAGCAGCCACCCGGGAUCCUGAAACGGAAAUUCAGUAGUGCGGCCACCAGUCGAAGUCAUAGUCCGGAGUUCUCGGAAUAUCGCAGUACGCUCUCUUCGCGUUCGAGUCCCGAGCCCCAACCCCAAGGGAUCCUGAAGCGGAAGUACAGUAGUGCCGGUUCUCGGUCCCACAGUCCGGAUGCUUUCCUCUCGGACCAUCGAGCCCAUUCGUCCCGUUCUAGUCCUGAGCCUCCACCCCAAGGGAUCCUCAAGCGCAAGUACAGCAGUGCCCAUGCCAGUCGAUCUCAUAGUCCUGAGAUCUCGUUGGAUGGCUCGCGAUUGCAGAUUUCGUCCAUUCUGAAGAAGCAAACGGGCAGCUUGGAGUGCUUAGAGGUCAGUCAGGAGACGGACAAGAUCAAGUCGAUCUUGAAGAAGCGCUCCAAUACGAAUGGGGCCAGCACCGACGACGACCUGGACGUGGAUGAAGCUAGCAGUUCCCGACCACCUCGAUCGAUACUGAAGAGCCGCAAAUCUGAAGAGAGUUUGAGCCCUCUGAGUGAUUGUGCUCCAAUGAGGUCAUCUGAGACCGACUCCGAGAACAAUCCGAACCCGAAACCCAUUCUGGUCUUGAGGCGAAAGAAGUCCGAGGAGAACAUUCUGGCCAAUUUGACGGAUCCAAGUGAGUUGACCGUCACCUCCGUGGUCACAAGAAAGGCUCCCUUGGCCUCGUCUCACGAGGACAAAGGUGAGCCUCUGGGCGAGGGCGAGACCAAACCCAGGCCCAUUUUGAAAAACAAGGAAUCCAAAGACGAUCUGACCCAAGGAGGUGUAUUGAGGAGGGGAACCGAAAAGGUCCUCAUAUCUCCAACCACGCCCGAGACGAGACCGUCCUCCAUCUUGAAAGGGGCUUCCUCCUCCUCGUCCUUGGACACGUCGUCCAAGAUGACUUGUUCCUUACCUUUCGGCGAGGUUCACAAGACACCUUUUGACCUCGAAUCCCGAGGCGAACCAGAUUCUCAUGAAUUGACGUUGACACCGGGGGGCGCAUCUCGUUCCUCCAUGGAUGAUCCCAGCAAGCUUAGCCUCAUUGAGCGCGUCCAAUUGUUCUCCUCCUCUUCUUUGUCAUCAACCUCAACCGAUGCCACCUCGAGCCCUUCCCCUUUGAUCCUGGAUCACAAAACCCCACCCAAAUCUCCUCACUCCCCAUCGUCUCAAACGUCGAGUCGAGCCCGUCGACGUCUCCUUGCUUCCCGCUACCAAACCCAACCCAUCACGAUUGACGAGGUCCAAGAAGCGGCUAGGGUCCAACGUGGCCCAGGGGUCAUUUCGUCCUCUGCUUCAGAUUUCAAAGAGAAAUUCCAAAUAGGGACGUCGGUCAAAGCCAUGAAAUCAUUAUUCAGUCAGUCAUCUUCCACCGCCGAGUCAGGAGCCUCAUUUUCUCGGGGACAUUCCACCUCCGGCCUUAGACGCACCGAGUCAGCCAAAUCAUCGUCAUCCCAACGGAUCAUGAAGAACGAGCGGACCAAUCAAACCAUUGAAGAUCUCUGUCUCAGUCCCGGUCGGAAGUCCUUGGAUCCCAACUCUCCUAUGGAAUCCAUCGAACCCUCGGAGGCUCCUUUCGCCCCGAAUCGGAGUCGCCGAAAGAGUUUGGUCAAGUACGAGUCCGUGGACGCGUUUGAAUCCACGGCCUCGCCCAUCAGUGCCAGUCGCUCCAACCUCCGAGGCGUGCUCAAAAAGGACUCGAGCUAUGACGAGACCCUCCGCCCUAUUCUGAAGAAUGCGGAUGAGUCCGCACCCGAUCCGGACCCCAACGCGGCCAAGCCGCCACUCAAAAUGUGCGGCUAGAGCUCGAACAACAGUAGCAGUGAUGAUUUGCCCAAGCGCAACCAAUUCUCAGACGUGAUCAUUGAUCCCGUGAAACCGCUCACGCCCCCGGCGGCAGUGAGCGGUGGUCCCACGCCCUCGUUUAGUCGCAAGUCCAGCUUGAAAGAGCUUCAUGCUCGACAGCCUGUGAUUCCUCUCUCGAACAUCAAGAUCUCGUCGGAUGAUCCGAACUUGGCCAGUAAAUUGGAAGUGCUGUCCUCGCAAGCCCAAAGCAUCCGGCGGUUGCAGGAGACGCAGGGCAGUUCGGCUCCUUCGGGUGAGGAAUUCACCUUUGAUUUGACGGUGGACAAGUCCAGUCAUGAGCAACAGCCCAACAAUCGAUCGCUCCAAUCACGACGUGUGCUCCGCAAUUCAAGCCUUCGACUGAAUAGCAGUGAAGAGGCCACCCAACUCUCUUCGUCCUCAUCAUCCUCAUCAACCUCAUCAACGAGUGACCUGAAUCCCGAGGCGUAUUAUCAGUUGUCGUCCAAAGCCCAGGAUCCGGGCGUAGUGUUUCAUCGCUCCGCCCCUCAAGUCUGUGAUAAUCAAUCAUUACUUAGUGACCUCAAAGACAGUGGGGACGUUGAGAAGCGCGAAACCAUCACCAUGGAGAGAAACAAGAAGAUCUCCAUUGGCGGAAGUGGAGGUGGCAUCACCGAAAGAUUGGCCGCCUUGAAAAGGAGUGGGGAGGAGGAUUGGAAGAAGAAGGUGCCCAAGCUUAACCCGGAGAAGGCUAGCCCCGUUCUGGACAUCUUGAAUAGCAACCGUGUUUUGACCAAGCAAUCUUGUGAUAAAGAGAACAAUAGCCAAUUGCAUGCUUCCAACACCUCGUCCAUCUCCUCAUCCAGCCAUAACUUGAAUAACAAAACUGGCACGUCCGGUGGUUUCCUUCAAGAGCGAGUCAGUCAACUCAAGAAAGCCUCGAAUUUUGAUGCGCCGAGCAAGACUAUUGCCAUUAUCGAAGAUUAUGAUGACGCAGCUAAGGACGUCGUGCUCCGAGGCAAAAGACGCACUGAGCCUAAUAAACGACCCGUCAGUAUUGUUAGUGACCGCUUAAGCAAGCUGGAGAUUUCAGGACAAUCCUGGCAGAAUCGAAUCGGUGAGAAAGAUGUGGGCAAAUACACCGUGGCCGGGAAAAUGCAAAGCGAUCAACGGUCCAAAUCCACCGUGGAGUCCCCCAAUUUGUUGCACGUGACACCGGAGACCCGAGCGGUUUCCGUCAGUCCCAAGACCCCCCGCCGAACGCCCAAUGAGGAUUUGGAUCGCCUUCACGUGGAUCGGGUCAAGCAAACGCCCAAGUUGAGAACCUACACCGGCAACCAGGUCGACCUGUCGCAGAUCAAACCCAACUCGAGGAGUUUGAUCAAACCGGAGCUCACAUUGGUCACUCAUGAGGAGUUGAAGAGUGAUCAAGGGUUGGACUCAUUUUUCUCCUCCUUACGUUUGUCGUCCAUCUCGAUGGUGGAAAGCCAGGCGAGUCCUUCGCCCAUGGCUGAACCGGCGGAGGAAUUCGAUUUUGAUUCCAUCGUGACGGUGGAGACCAGUCGAUUGUCCAUGCCCAAAAGAAUAUCUCGCGCUCAGCCCCAUCGGCGAACCACGAGAAAUCCCGUCAAGUCUCUUUCAGAACGAACCGAUAUCAAAAUCCUGACCUUUUCCCACAUGGAAGAACCUGGGGAAGUUCUUGCUCCCGCUUCACCCGAAGUCACCCUCCGAAGAGACCACAACCGGGCCAGUACCAACAGCAAGCACGCCCACUUGGCUGAGGAAGCUAUUGCGGGUUUAGCGGCCACGGAGGAUUUCUCCGCCGUUCAAUUGCGGAAGAGCUCCAAAUUAGACGAGAACCAGUCUAAAUUCAUUCCCUAUAAGUCCCCAAUGUUGAUGCAAGUGAAGGGACGCCGAUGUUGCCAGACCCGUUUGGUGAAGCCCGUGGCGGACUCGAUCAAUAGUGGAGAUGCCUUCGUAUUGGUGACCAACAAGCAGAUCUUCAAUUGGCAAGGACGUUAUGCGAAUGUCAUCGAAAAAUCCCGCUCGGCCGAGAUUUCCGCCACCAUCCUCAAGAAGGGGGAUUUGGGAUGCAAAAGGGCUGAUCGGAUUUACACUCUGGAAGAAGAAAAGCUCUUUGGAUCAUCCAAAGCUGAGAGAGAAUUCUGGUCCAUCCUCGGCGUCUCCGAAGACCGUUUGGAAAAGGAAGAGCCUUUGGCCAAGCCGGCCGGUCCAGCCUCGGAAGACGAAGAAUUUGAAUUGGCCAUCAACGAUCUGAACUUGGUUUGGGAGGUGGCCAUUCACAACGGCGUGGAAGAGCUCAUCCCUUGUGAGAAGGCCUGGGGUUGUAUGCCCAAACAUGAACUCCUCGACCCUGGUAAAGUGCUAGUCAUCGAUUUCGGUCCGGAGGCUUACACGUGGAAUGGAUCGAAUGCCGGAUCUGAGCUUCGUAAAGCGGGUCUGAAUCUGCUGAAACAAGUCUGGGAUUCCGGCUUUGAUUUCUCCGGGGCCGAUUGUUCGCAUCCUCUCUUGGAUCACCAAGUCCACGGAACCCGUCCCGAUUGGGGCGUCAUGGGCAAAAUCAUUCCGAACAUGGAAACAAUCUUGUUCAAGGAGAAAUUCCUAGACUGGCCCGAUCAAGCCAAAAUCAGCCGAGUCAAACAGAGCGAGAUCAAGCUCGCCAAAGCCAUCGACAACAACCUGUUGGGAGAGAUUGAUGUGAGUCCCUACGAUGCCGAGACCAUGAACAAUUGGAUCGUGGAAGACCCUAACCUGGAAUUGGAGAACUGUUUUCUGGGCCGAGGCCGUGGAUACUAUGACCAGAGUGAGAGGCGUCAAUACGAGCUCGAGACCUUGUCCGUCCAAGUCCAUCAUGUGAACGAGUACAACAUCACCGAGUUGCCGGAAGAUUGGAGCGGUCAGUUCCACUCCGAAGACACCUAUGUGGUUCGAUGGAUCUACAAGGUCUCUCUCACCGGACGAGAUCUCAAAGGUCGACCUUCCAAGCAUGCCGCCGUGGGUCGAGAACGAUGUGCGUACUUCUUUUGGCAAGGCGCCGACUCCAAGACCACUGAGAAAGGGGCCUCGGCCUUGAUGACCGUGGAAAUGGACCGCGAGGAAGGACCGCAGCUGAGGGUGGACCAUGGUAAGGAGCAUGCCGCGUUCUUGAACAUGUGGAACGGAAGCAUGGUGAUUUAUCGUGGGAAACGAGCCAAUCGAUUAUCCAGACAACAGCCGGAAAAGUCCCCCUGGCGACUGUUCAUGCUUCGAGGCGAAUGUCCCGAGGAGUCCUGUUUGGAAGAGGUGGGCGUGGGAUGUGCCAAUCUUCGAAGCAUUGGAUCGUUCGUCCUGGUCAAUGUUGAGCAAUGCGAGAUAUUCGUGUGGCAAGGGAUCUCCUCCCCCGAUCAUAAACAAGCUAUGGCUGUCCAAGCGGCUGAAAGACUGAAAGCCGUCUUGCCCGAUGAAAUGGGAUUUCAAUCCAAACGCGUGACGCUUCAUAUUGAGACUGAAGGACAAGAGAGUGGUACCGUGAAAUCCGCUCUUGGCCUGCCCUCUAAAAUGUACUUGAAGAACCUUCCGGGACCCUCGCACACCCCUCGACUUUUUCACAUGAGCUCCGUCGCCACGGGCAGAUUUGAUGUGACUGAAAUCGUGUGUCCCUUCCACAACGUGAAGGUCCUUAACACCAUGCCGUUCAGUCAAAAUGAUCUCUACUCCUCGGAUCAACCAGCUCUGUUCUUGCUUGACGUGGGUAACAAGUUGUGGUUAUGGCAAGGAUUUUGGCCCGAGGUGCCCGAUGAUCCCAACUAUGAGGCCAAUGAGGACAAUCCCAAUAGUCAGAACAAUAACAUCACCGGCUCAGGAAUGAUCCGGUGGCAUGCCGAAAGGCGGGCUGCCAUGCAAACGGCUGUCGAGUACAGACGCUUGCGAUACGGAUUGGGAUCCAGGGCUCCCAAGGCCGAACUGGUUUGGGCUGGUUGGGAACCUUUGGAAUUCACGAACCUCUUCCCCAUUUGGAUUGAUCAACCCGACGCCACACGGCUCAAUGAAGAGUUUGUGAAACACGCUGACUUGGAAAUGACUUUGGAAGCUCUAAGUAAGACUGAGUACUCGUGGGAGGAACUCCAACAGAGACCCUUGCCUGAUGGAGUGGAUCCGGCUAAAUUGGAGCGAUAUCUAAGCGAAGACGAAUUCCAGUCUCACUUUGGUUUUACCAAGAAAGAUUUUAUGACAUUUCCACGAUGGAAGCAGACCUCAAUUCGCAAGGAGAAAGGACUCUUCUAAUAAUGGACGCAAUCACCUCCACGAACGGCAUUAAUUCAUUUAGUUGAUUGAUUAAAUAGUUCAUUUCUACUCCUUAACAUGUUUGAUCAUGUUUGUCAGUUCAAGAGCCUUCAAAACACUUUGGACAUCCCCCUCCUCUCUUACGUACUAAUUUGAAAGUCAGAUUCUCACCCCCACCCCAAUUAACUUGACCAAUCAACGCCAUCUUAAUACGUUUGAUCCUGUUUUCAUCCUUUUUGUACUGACUACUUAAUAAAUAAAUGUGACUGUUUGAAA